UCCUUUUUUUCUUCCUCUCUUACAUGGCCCGACAGAAACCAGCAAACCGAUAAAAAAAAAGCAACUUAACCUUACCAUUAGACUGGAAGGAAGGAGGAUCGAGAAGUGAAAAACAGCAUUUGAUCUUGCUGGGCCUCUUUUCUUACCGGUCUAUCGCUCGGCUGCCCGUCCUUCCUCCCCUCCUCCUCCGCCGCCGCCUCCCUCCUCUUUCUUCCUCUUCUCUUCUCCCCUGGUCCUCCUCCGCGCGAGAUGAGCAGCCUCGCCGAUCUCCCCUCCAGGAAUUCUCUUCUCGCUGCUCCUUCUGUUAUCGCUGCCACCGAUGUGCCGGGUAAAGUCCGAAAGAUCCCUGUCCUCUCCUCCUCCGUCGUCUCAACAUCCUCCCAAUCGAACGGUGAUCCCAUGAAUGUCACACCUCCAGCCCCGGGCCCUGCGCCCCCCGUCCACAGCAGCCCCGAUAGCGAUCGAACCGGCACGAACCCCAAUAUCACCACCACGACAGCUCCCAAUAGUUCUACCGACUCGCAGAGCGUGAACCAUCAUCAUCUGGGCCCAAAUCAGGCAAUCGGUGCGGCCGCGGCCGCGCAACAGCCCAAGGUCGUUCAAACAGCCUUCAUUCACAAGCUCUACAACAUGCUUGAAGAUCCCAGCAUUCAGCACUUGAUAUCAUGGUCUAAUACGAACGAUAGCUUCGUUAUGUCGCCCACCUCCGAGUUCUCCAAAGUCCUCGCUCAGUAUUUCAAGCACACGAACAUCUCCUCAUUUGUUCGGCAAUUGAAUAUGUAUGGAUUCCACAAAGUGAGCGACGUUUUCCACACUGGAUCUCCAGACUCCGCACUCUGGGAGUUCAAGCACGGGAAUGGGAAUUUCAAGCGUGGCGAUCUUGUUGGUUUGCGCGAGAUUAAGCGACGCGCAUCCCGCCACGCAUUGAUUAAUCGCGAUUCCUUUUCGGGCCACAAAACCGCCUCCUCGCAACCGGGUACUCCAGCUGAACCUGUUCCGGACGCCACUGAAGCGCGCCUGAUGAACCUGGAGCAUUCUAUGUUCGAUAUGCAUGCUCGUCUCACGCGCGCCGAAGAAGGCAAUGCGGCGCUCAAUGCGCGAUGUCAAGCAAUGGCGGAGAGUCUGAUCCGGUGUUAUCAUUGGACACAUUCAAUUUCUCGAUUCCUGCAAGGGAUGAUACCUGAUCGCGAGGGUAUACUGUACCGAGAUGUGACUGGCAUGCAGGCAGAGCUAGCGAAGCAUUUAGAUGCCGUGCGGUCUCUUGAACACACCCAGGAUCCUUACCUAUCGGUUCGGCAGCCCUACAUUGCCAACUUUUCCGUCGAUCCUGGUCCACCAUUGUCCCCGCGCCAGAUUCCCCAGGAGGAUGGCCGUCGCCCCUCGAUGAUGGAGAACCCUUCUCGACCCAACAUGAUCCGUCCUCCUGUUCCCCCACACCUGGCCCCCUCUCCCCGUCGCUUCGGUUCAAUUGGGGCUGGGCACUCUUCACCAAAUUAUAGCCGACCCCAGGUGCCGUCCGUGGUCACCCCCCAACAGCCCGUCCCCCACCCCUUAUCGUCGGUCUCGUCUCCCCCAGGGCCCAACCUUACUCGUCGCCAUACAUCAGCCGAUAUCAGACAGCAUGGCUGGCCGCCACCGGGGGUAUCCCCGUUCCCUUCCACUCAUCUGCAUACCCAUGCGGCGAAUCCCUGGUCGCCUUCGCGACACCGAACCCCGACCUCAAGUGAGCAGCAAGUGCGCGAUGUAUUGGCACAGUACGAAAUGGGCGCCCCACGACGCUUACAGGAGGCCACUCGUCAUGCGACUCCUCCCUUACACCCCGAUCAAAAUGUUCCUGCAGAUAAUGGCUGGCCGUUGGGACCCAGGUUCCCUCGGCACGAAAUGUCCCUUCCUGCAACUCGACGCUCUAGCAUGGCGAGCAAUGUUCAUUCCCUUCUUAAUCCCGCCGACACGGCUGAGCGACCAGAUGAAGACCAGCAUGCGAUGGCGGACGAUCGAAAGCGGAAGCGACUAGAGUAGACCACAAGCGACUCAACUUUCCCGCAUGGUUAUGGACAAGAUGCUUGCCCCAGGCAGCACAUACAGUACCCUUCGACGCCACUU